UUCAUUUCAUGCGAAAGUGUUUUGAGUUUUGAAAACACAAGAAAUCAUUUGAAAAUCGUUUGAAUUAUUAAAUUAUAUGUGAUUUCAAUUCAAACAUUAGUUUUGAUUUCAAUUGCAUUUCAUUUAAUAAAUUACUGUAUAUUUUGAGACAAGUUUUGCCACAAAACAGACAUGUCUUUCAAUUUUGGCGGCACUUCGGGUGGUUUUGGGUUCGGGUCGACACCAGUGACCACUUCCUCCACACCACUCUUCGGCGGAUCUCAGACCACGACCUUUGGCCAGACGUCUGCUCCGGCUUUCGGUGGAACUCCUUUUGGCGGACAAACACCACAACAACAGCCGCUCUUCGGUGGACAACAAACUCAGUCCACAUUUGGCUCAACGCCUUCUUUCGGAGCUAACCCUGCGUUUGGCUCUUCAUUGACUGCACCGGCCUUUGGAUCAAAUCCAACGACACAAUCAGCUCCGCAAUCAGUCUUCGGCUCUUUUGGCGCGACUCAACCAUCUGUUCCCGCUUUUGGCUCAGGAUUUGGUGGUCAGACAACACCGGCCACCACUUCCAACCUUUUCUCAUUCCCGUCGGCACAACAACCGCAACAACAGUCCACUCCAUCCCUAUUCGGAGCCCAAACUCCGGCCACGACUCAGACGGCGAGUGUGUUUGGAUCUCCGUUUGGGGCGUCAGUCGCGCCGCAGACUUCCCAGUCGUCUAUAUUUGGCGCCACUCCUCAAGCACUACAACCGCAGCCCACGAGUCAGCCCACCCUCUCAUUUGCCAAUAGUCCAGCCCUCGCAUCGGCUUUUGGUCAGACAUCUGUUCCAGCAUUUGGAGCGCAAACUUCGACACCGACUGCGCCCGCAUUCUCUUCCGGUUCACUCUUUGGUUCAACUAAUUUACCCACGUCAUCGGCAGCACCGGCGGCAUCGAUGCCCACAUUUGGCGGUUUUGGCGCAACGGCUCCGACCACUGGCUUUGGAGGCGGAGGUUUUGGCGCUCCGGCGGCGCCCACCACAGCGGCGCCCGCAUUCAACUUUGGAGCGGCUGUUCCGACGGCCACCACAACCACUCCUACCCUUUCGUUUUCGUUGCCUUCGGCCGCGAACACCAUCUCAACGUCAGCUCCGGUUCAGACAAUCGGCACAACAACUGGUUUCGGAGGAUUAAGUCAACCCAUUGUU